AUUUUUCAAAAGUUCUCAAAAGCAAUUCAUCACCAUCUUUAUACGCCUUUCUGUUGCGCAAUGUAAACCCUGAAUCAGGGUUCAUAACUUCAAACAAAUGUAACGGUUACCCCGUCCUUUUCCGCCAAAAUCAGAAAACCCUAAACCAAAUAUUUGUCAAAUGUACAAGCUUCUCAAAGCCGGCCAUGGUUCUCUCUAUCCUCUCCUCAGAACCCACCUCAAAGCACCAAAAUUUUUAGCCCCUAUUUCCCAAUUUCACAGCCUCAGAGAAACCCUAGCUCCCAAUGCAAAGCUCGACUUCAUAGUCAACGAAGUUAUAGAGAUUCAAUCGUCGAGAGACUCAAAACCCACAAACAUAAUCACCCAAUUGGCGCCGGACGUUGGUGAACCCCCCGAGCAGGGCGGCCCGGCCAGUGGGGAAUGUUGUGCGGUUCAGAUUUCGCAUCCGUGGCGGGAGUGGGUGGAGCUGAUGGAGUGCUUGUUGAAAAGAGGAUACUUUGAUGGCGACGAGAACCCUUUUCGGAACGGUGAAGUGGGUCCGAAGGAUUCGAACCGUAUUCGAACCGCUUGUCUGAAUUUUGCUCGGGACCGGUCUAGUCUUUUAAGAAUGUUGUCAAGGAAAGAUAUCCGGAUCAUUGCCCGAUGUGGAUGCCCGAGCCUCGAUAGGAAAGUCGUCAACUCAGGAAAGCGUCUCAGGGCUUAUGUGGGUGUUGAUGAAGGAGAUGUUUGCAGCUCCUGCAAUUUGAGAGGAGACUGUGAGCGAGCGUACGUGAAGGCACGGGAAGAUGAAGGUGGGCGCACAGUGGAUGUCAUGCGUUUCUUGUUAACGUAUGGGCUUGAUCCCGCUACUGGUACAGUGGAGAACAAGCCAUGUCUAAACAAAAUGGUCAAAGAAUCAGUGAGACGGCUACUGAAACAGAUGGUAGUGGACAGCACUCAGAACAUCGACUCCAAUCCCCCAAAGAGUACAAGUACAGCCAUAAAGAGGGUUGCUUCGGUGUCGGACCAUUCAAUUCCACAAGAAAAGGGCCAAAUAAAUGUUCCAAUGAAGCCAGGCGACUGGCUUUGCCCCAAAUGCAACUUCCUAAACUUUGCUAGAAAUAUCAAGUGCCUACGUUGUGAUGAUUUUUCCCAAGAAAGACUGACACGUCUAAGAGAGGAUCAAGAUCAUCUCCCGUUGAAGAAGGGGGACUGGAUAUGUGACAAAUGCAAUUUCUUAAAUUUUGCGAAGAACGGUAGAUGCUUACAAUGCAAAGAGAAGCCUCCAAAGCGGCAGAUAAAUCCCGGGGAGUGGGAGUGUGACUCUUGCAAUUAUAUCAACUUUAAGAGAAACAUGGUGUGCUUAAAAUGCGAUCAUAAAAGGCCUAAGGCAGCACAUUCUUCAGAGGCUUCUGCUGAACCUGUACACGACAACGGAAGCUACCCUAGGACUAAGAGUUUGAGUUCUCCUCACACUACUGAGACGAGUCAAUAUGGACGAAGUCGAACUAGAGGUGCGGAUAAGUGGAGAUUUGUAAACGAAGAAGAAGACGACUGCAAUGGCUCGAACUCAUGGAAUGAGGCUUCCGGGUUGGUAGAUUUUCCCGUCGCAGGAGGUAGGACCGAGUUGUCUCAGAAUCCGAAAAAAAGGGACUUGUGGAAGUUGAAGAUGUUAGAGAGGAGCAAAGGCGCCUUGACGAAUAAGGCAAACAAUAACGAAUCCAGUGUCAAUAUUCCAAAACGAUUGGAGCUUUCUGAUUCCACCGACGAUGAAGAAAUGUCAGAGUGGUUUGGGGAUGGGAAACUGGAAACACCAAGGCUCCCAUCAGUAGGUCAGAAAUUGUUUGGGUUAGAUACCCUCAGUUCAAUGAAUACUCGACUAGGUCCCUCCUCCUCCUCUAUUCUUCUUCCUGCUUUUUAUCCUUUUUUUCUCCUCCAUGCGCGACUUUGCCCUCGGCGAACCGUAGUUGGACUUCCUGCAGCCUUGGAUCCACCAUCAAAACCUCUCUGCUACUCUCUCUCUCUCUCUCUCUCUCUCUCACCUAAAUCCGGACUCUGCAAAAUUCAACCCCCAGAAAUGGGAUCCGAAGGAUCAAGCGUUGUCGUUCCUAGGAAUUUCAGAUUACUGGAAGAGCUUGAGAGGGGUGAAAAGGGAAUUGGGGAUGGCACUGUUAGCUAUGGAAUGGAUGAUGCUGAUGAUGUUUAUAUGCAGUCAUGGACAGGGACAAUUAUCGGGCCCCCAAAUACUGUGCACGAAGGGCGCAUUUACCAAUUGAAACUGUUCUGUGGAAAGGAUUAUCCAGAUAAUCCGCCAACUGUUAGGUUCCAAACACGGAUAAACAUGACCUGUGUCAAUCAUGAUUCUGGAGUGGUUGAACCCAGUCUUUUCCCCAUGCUUGCCAAUUGGCAAAGGGAAUAUACGAUGGAGGACAUAUUGACACAAUUGAAGAAAGAGAUGAUGUCACCACAGAACCGAAAGCUAGCUCAGCCACCCGAAGGGAAUGAAGAGGGAAGGGUCGCAAAAGGGCUUGUGGUGAAAUGUUGCAUUAUCUAAAGAAUUGGACGGACCGCUCCUUAGGUUUAUGAGGAUGUUAUAUUUGGCUGGCUGUUUCGUAGACUUUCGAUCGCGAAAACACUUGAAACCGCUCCAAAUACCGAGUUGUUUAAGCGGGUAAAUGAUAUGUAAUUAUAUGAAUCAAUGGAUUACGAAGUACCGAUUCUUCAAUACCUUUUGUUUUCCAUCUCAUGUCUGAAGCCCUGUAGUUUGAAUUCGAAUUCUAAUCAAGACAAUGAUCUUUGUUA